AUGAAUCCUUCUCAGAAGCAACCAGUUGUCCGUGCAUCUACAGACUUUCCACCUGAUUGUGGAUCUUCCAGUAGUGUUCCUGACGAGGCUUUCAAGAAAUCAAUAACAGGUGAUGUUGUUGUCGAGAAUCCUAGUGUCGGUCAUGCUGUUGCAGAUUCAGAACAUGUUGGAGUUUCUCUCAGAGAAGGACAAGAGUUUAGAAACUCUCAUCAAGAUGACCAUGUUCCUACACCUGGUGAGAAAGUGCAUGAGGUCUUGCGUGUUUUCAAAGAAGUGUUCAGACAGUUGGAUCGUGACAAACAAGCUAGGCGCGGUGGAGAUUUAUACGAGGCAACAGCUAGAAUAGACCUCAAAACACAAGUUUUCUUAGAAAAAGAAGGAAAAAACGUGAACACACCGAACAGAAUUGGACAAGUUCCUAAAAUCCAAAUUGGGGAUGAGUUUCAGUACAAAGCCGAACUUCGUCUUGUCGGGCUUCAUUUCAGGACCAUGUCUGGGAUAGACUAUGUGGAAAUAGGAGGUGUGAAGUUGGCGACAAGCAUUGUUUCAUCGGACAGAUAUGAUUUUAAUGAUAAGUUUGCUGCUGAUGGUAUGGUAUAUACUGGUGAAGGAGGAAACAUGAUAAGCAAGGGAAAGAAAGCUGAAGAUCAGAGGAUGAUAAAGGGUAAUUUAGCUUUAGCUAACAGCAUGAGACAUAAGACGGAAGUGAGAGUGAUACGUGGAGGCGAGAGAUGGGAUGGAAAAGGGAAGCAUUAUGUGUAUGAUGGGUUGUAUUUGGUUGAUAAGUAUUGGUUAGAGAAAGGAGCCAGUGGUAAGAGUGUGUACAAGUUUAAGCUUUGUAGAAUUCCUGGUCAAGCUCCAGUAAUUUGA